AAUUAAUGUAAAAGUCUCUUACAUCUCCUAACAAAUUAUUUGAAUAUCUUCGAAAGAGAAAAGAAGAAUUGCAACAAGCCAGUCUCAUAUCUCCAAUAAUAUCACCAAAUAAGUAUCUAUCAUAUAGUUCUAUGGAUUAGGCACUCUAUUCCAAUUAAUAGGAAUAGUAAACAAUUAAUAAAUGCAAAGAAGACUAGACCUAAAAGUAGUAUAGAUUGUAACAAUCUAAGUACUAUUUUAACUUAAAAUACACAUAUGCGUUAGAACAGCAAAAUCAUAGACUGUAAAGAGAAUUCUAGUUACUUAUCUACUUCUGCCUUGAAUUUACUCAAAAAAAUUAAGUCUGAAAAGUUGGUUAGACCCAAAAAUGAUAUAGUAUAAUACAAUAAGCCAGAUGUCAAAAAAUAAUAUGAGCUAUUGUUAGAUUUAGCGAAAAAACCUUAGAUUCUUAAAUUACUUAAAGGACCUCGUUCUAUUAGUAAUCCUGAGAUAUUAGUACCCGAAUAUUAAAUUAUAAAGGCUUAUGGAUUAUCUUAGGCUGGAAUGUUGCAUACAGGAUAAAAAAAAAUAAAUCAAGAUACUUACAAGUUAAUACAAAAAUUUUGUGGAUAAGAGAAUGAUUGGUAUUUUUAAGUUUCUGAUGGCCAUGGAACUUAUGGACAUUAGGUUGCUUAAUUUAUUUAUGAAGCUUUGCCUUAAUUUGUAGAGGAAGAAUUAAAAUAACUAUAAAAUUAAUAUGAAAAGAAUAGAUCAAUACAUAAAAUUUUGAAAUAAUGUUUUUUAAGAACAAAUUAAGAAUUAUUAAAAAGUGGUAUUGAUAUAACCUAUUCUGGUUCUACUACUAUUGUUGUAAUCACUUUUAAUAAUGAAUUAUAUUGUGCUAAUAUAGGAGAUAGCAGAGCAAUUAUUGGAAGAUAUAAUGGCAAACUUUCUGUUGUUGAAUUAUCAAAAGAUCAUAAACCUGAUUGUUUUUUAGAAUAGACAAGAAUAUUAAGUAGAGGUGGAAGAGUAUUACCUUAUUAUGAUGAAGAUGGAUAAUCAAUUGGACCAGCAAGAGUUUGGACUAUGAAUGAAGAUGUUCCUGGUUUAGCUAUGUCAAGAAGUUUUGGAGAUUAUGUUGCUAGUUAAGUUGGUGUUAUUUGUGAACCUGAAAUUCUUAAAUAUUCUUUAUAAGAAUCUGAUAAAUUUGUCAUUGUUGCAUCUGAUGGUAUUUGGGAGUAUUAUUUAUGUUUAAUUAGAUUUUUAUAAAAUGACUUAGUUGUUUAAAUUGUAUAUGAAUUUUAUAAAAAAGGAGAUGUGAAUGGUGCAUGUGUUAAAUUAUUAUCAAUUGCAAGAGAAGCUUGGUAAAGAGAAGAUGA